GACAGAAAGGCUCUUGUCAUUUCCGACAAAGUUUUGAGAUUCUCAGUCAGUUCCGUGUAAAAUUUUCUUCGAUAUAUCCUAUUACCGAACCCAGUUCCUGGAAUUUUAAACUGGUAAUGAGUAAUAACAAAACGCUGAUUCAUUUACUCAAUCGAAUUUUUACAUGUUAGUUCAACAUGACAUUUUUCCCUGAUGUUGAAACCAGAUCGACGUUAAAGUUUGUUUAGUGACUUCAAAUUUUUCAGUUUUGGGAAAAUGGGACGAUUAGGGGGCAAAAAAUGUCGCUUGCUGACCAUGUUAUGGAUGACUCUGGGAUUCUUCCUGGUCGAGAUCGUGGUAGGGUACAUCACAAAUUCUAUGGCGCUGGUAGCCGAUAGCUUUCACAUGCUGAGCGAUGUAGCAGCACUUAUCGUAGCUUUCCUUUCGGUGAAAAUGUCUCCGAAAAAAUGGUCUAAGAACACUUUCGGUUGGGCUCGAGCUGAGGUGUUAGGGGCUUUAGUCAAUGCAGUAUUCUUAGUGGCUCUGUGCUUUUCGAUAACGGUGGAAGCAUGCAAGAGAUUCAUCGAGGUGGAAGCUAUACACGAUCCUAAACUGCUGGUGGUUGUCGGAGCCUUGGGGCUGUUAGUGAAUCUCAUAGGUUUACUUUUGUUUCAUGAGCAUGGCGGUUCUCAUGGUCACUCCCACGGUCGUCUUUCUCACAGUCGGAACAGAUUGACCCAGUUGGCCGUGACAGAUGACAAUGAAAACGACGAAACCUACCCCAGCCCGCCUCCACCGCCACCUACGGCGACCAAACAAAACUCUCAUGGCCACUCCCAUUCCCACUCUUCCGGUCAGAUGAACAUGAGGGGCGUGUUCUUACACGUUCUAUCGGACGCUUUGGGCUCUGUUAUUGUGAUAAUAUCGGCUGUAGUAUUCUGGUUGACCGACUGGAAAUAUAAGUACUACAUCGACCCAUCUCUUAGCAUAGUUUUAGUUAUUUUGAUUCUCCACUCCGUUUGGCCCCUGCUCAGGGAUUCUGCGCUGAUUCUCCUUCAGACGGUACCAACGCACAUACAAGUCGACGCCAUCAAGGGUCGACUGCUAGCGAAUGUAGAUGGCGUUUUAGCCGUACAUGAAUUUCAUGUAUGGCAACUAGCCGGCGAUAGGAUAAUAGCUUCUGCACAUAUUACUUGUCGUAACUUAUACGAAUAUAUGAAAAUUGCCGAGAAGGUGAAAGAGUUCUUCCACAACGAAGGGAUCCACUCGACCACCAUCCAACCCGAGUUUUUGGAUGUACCGUAUCCAAAUUCGGAGGAAGAUCAACAGGACAAUGAAGACUGCGCUUUGCAUUGUCCCAGAAUAACCGAUAGCGAGAACUCUUGUGUUCUGAACACUUGUUGCGGACCUUCUAGACAGGGACGGGAAACACCUUCGCCGGAAGCAACUCCCUACAUGUGCCGUCAGAGGAGCACCCUGAGCAUCCCGGCCAGUCUUCAGCAGAUGAAUGAGAUGGAGAAGGGCGUCCUGUUGGAGGAACACGAGAGCUCCUCCCAGUGCGAGUGCGACAGGUCGCAGAAGCCCUGGACGUACCCCGGUGAGUCGCACUCGCAGUCCUGUGACAAGGUGUGUUCGUAAAUCGCGAAAUAUUGUCGAUUUUCAUGAAAUGAUCAUUACAAUAUUAUAAGAAUGUUGAAACAUAUAAAUUUGGGCUCGUAAACCCGAACAGAACGUUAUCGAAAGAGUAUUAUGUGGAACUCGAUGGUACAAUUGUGGUUUCGUUGUAAUAGAACGAUGAAAAGACUAUUUUUUCCCGUACUAGUGAAAUUUAACCGAAGAAAACUGUCACGGAUUCGUUUUUUUUAUAAUUCAAUCGCUGGAUGAGUGCUGUCGAAUUUUUGUACAGUUUUAAUUUCGAAGAUCCUUAUGGAGGCUUAGUUUUAUUGAUUUUGACUCGAAGAGGGCUAUCGCAGGACAUAACCAUGGAUUUCGUUCUUCGUAGUUUUUAUAAAACGAACUUUCAAAAAUUAUUUUUCUUUCUAUUCAUUUUAGAAUUUGGUAGAUUCCGGAGAUGUUCGCUAUCCCGAAUCUCUCCUAGGCCUUCGAAAGUCAUUGCAACAAUCUUAUUUAUUUAUCGAUGUAAUUGAUUAAUUUUGUAAUAUAAAAUUCGAUAUUCAAAUAAAAAAAUUUAUAGGUAUGUAUUUACGUAUAUAAUUGAAUUUAAACGAAGAUAGCUAGGUCAGAAUUUAGGAACUAUUAGCACUUCAUGCGUUUUUUGGUUCGGCACGAAAUUAUAGAGGAAAAACAAGUCGAGAUUAAUCGAUCGAAGAGUUAAUUCAACAAAAUAGUGAUAUAUUCUUCGUUUUUUUUUUAACUACUUGAUAAUUUCAUAAAAUUGUUCAUUCUAUCGACUAAGUAAUCAAAACUGUCACAUUGUUUGAAAAAUGUUGGUUACGAUAAGACGAAUUUGUUAUUUUUUCUUUAAUAAUUUAUUAAAGGGUUAUUUCAAGAUAAAAUGAUCAUCAGAGUAUUGAAAAUUUGGUUUUUCAACUUUUAAGAUCAUUUCUUUGUUACACCCGAUUGACCUCAAUGAAGUUAUUAUUUCAAGACUAAAUUAUAAUGUUAUCGAUAGAGAGCUUCCACAAUAUAUUUAUUUCAAAAUAUUCAGAGUAAACCAAAGUUAUUUGGUGAAAAAUUAGAGUAUUUAUGUUUUUUCUACACUAAAUAUAUUAUACAAUUGUUUUCAUCAAUUUCAAUAAAAUGUAAAAAUUA